GUCGGAGCAUGCACAAAACAAGAUUCUUCGUUUUCGGUGGGUUUAUGAUAGGAAUGCUGCUCGCUACACAUAACCUAAAAAACAAAUUGUUUGUUAGACAGAUAAAUUAAUCCACUGUGCUAGUCAUCACGCUUAUAUUGACCGGCCAGCGAGAAAAUGCAAGGCAAAGGGAUGCUGUCGAGAAAUAGCGAUAUUGUCAUAUGACUGGAAUUUGG